CAACCUUGAACAUCAGUCUGCGUUAGUGCAUUGUAUCGUACACCUUGGUUGUCCAUCUUCUGACUUUGUUUCAGUUUCUCCCAGUUUGCUCCGAAACUCCUCUUCUACUCCAUCGUCAAAUGCGCACCUGUUAUUUUAUCUAGUCUUGACUUAAACACCAAUUCCGUUAUAAUCUUUCGCAUCUUUAUGCAUUAUUUAUGCCGUGUGUAACAGGUGCCGUGCUACAAAACUGAGCGUUUACCGAGACUAAACACAGCGGGUAGUUAUUGCUGUCCGCCAUAUCACCGGUUUAACCAGAACCACAUUUCUUACAUUUCAAUUCGCCAGUGGAAAAAAUGUUGGCGUUUCUGUUGGCGUUACCUUUUUGGGUGAAAAUCGCAUUGCUCGUUCUGUUAGUGCUCGCUGGCUUGAAAGCUCGUCUCGUGCUGACGAUGGGCGUGUGCAAGAGUGGAAACAAACUGACGGGAAAAACCGUGAUCAUCACUGGAGGCAAUUCGGGAAUCGGCAAGGAAACGGCCAUCGACUUGGCAAAGAGAGGUGCUCGGGUUAUUCUUGCUUGUCGGGACCUCAAGAGAGCAGACGACGCUAGAGACGACAUCAUUCGCGAAUCGGGCAACAAUAAUGUGGUUGUCAAUCAACUUGAUUUGGCAUCUCUGGCCUCCGUCCGCCAAUUCGCUUCUGAGAUUCUGGAGAAUGAGCCUCGACUCGACAUCCUCAUCAAUAACGCCGGAAUUGUUACGGUCGAGAAAAAGUUGACGGGCGACGGCCUUGAAUAUCAGAUGCAGGCUAAUUAUUUCGGCCACUUCUUGUUAACAAAUCUCUUACUAGGACUGUUGAAAAAAUCAGCUCCGUCCCGGAUCAUCAACGUCACAUCUGUCGCUCAUUCCUUUAUCAAGACUUUUGAUUUGAACAAUUUAAAUGCGGAACUCUAUCACAACGGCAGCAGCUUUUAUAACUCGAUUUAUUAUUACUCAAAGUUGAGUAUAAUUCUUUCUACUCGGCACCUCGCCCAUUUGAUUUCCCAGUCCGGUGUGACUGUCAACUGCUUGUGUCCUGGGGCCGUUAAUACAGGAAUAUUCAGGAACGCUUCAUCAUUGUUCCAGACAGUGGUCAGCGCCCUUAUUCCUAUAAUCUUCAAGACAGUUAAACAAGGUGCUCAGACCACUAUUCACUUGGCUGUAGCUGACGAAGUCGCCGAAGUUAGUGGAGAAUAUUUCACCAACUGCAAGAUCUCGCAAACAUCGAAGUUGGGCAAGGAUCUUGGCCUAGCGAAGAAGCUUUGGGAAAUUAGUGAAACGCUCGUCAAACUCACGCCCGAGGAGCGACAAUAUUGAAGAUGAUUAAUUUUUAAAAAAUACGACUCAAAGGGGAAUUCCAUGUACUGUACAUUAUUUGAUUAUUACGGUAGUAAAUGCUGGUUUGUAUUUUAUAAUCAGUAAAAGUUUUGUAAUUGGUCCAUCAUCAUUCAUCAACUCAUCUACAAUUUACAUCUUUGAUCCAUCGACAAAUUUUGAUCAGAAUAAAAUAGCCUGGAUAAAAAAUGA